AUGAAUAACUUUGAGUCUACAGGUGCGAAAACUGAAGAGAAAAUUGAUUUCUUUUCUGGAAAUCCAACUGUCGAGAUCACCGAGGGUAUUAUACACAUAUAUAAGAACCAAAGAGAAGUUCCUCGAUGUGAUACUGUCGUUACGAGCACUAUGCUUUGUUUCUUUUGUGUGCCUUCCCAUAUAACAGUCAAAGACUUGUUGGUUUUUAUCUCACCGAUGCGAGGAACUGAAGAUAGGUGUUGCAUUUCCAACCAAAGAUUUACGAGAGUUACCGUCGUGUCCGUAUGCUUAGAACGCCUAGAUGAGCCUGUUCAAGGAAUUUUGACUACAAUUUUAUGCAACCACACGUUUCAUGAUGGCUGCAUUUCACGUGUGGAGGAUACAAUCUGCCCAGUUUGCCGCUAUGUUCAGUCACCCGAAAUGCUUGCGGAUGGUCAAUGUGCAGAUUGUGAUAUUCGGGAAAACUUGUGGAUUUGCCUUAUAUGUGGUCGUGUUGGUUGUGGACGAUAUGGUCAGAAACACGCCCAACUGCAUUUUGAAGAAACAGGACAUACGUUUGCUCUGGAGCUUGGCAAAACGCUGGUCUGGGAUUAUGCUGAUGAUGCAUAUGUCCAUCGAUUAGCUGUUAACCAUGAAGAUGGCAAGUUGGUUCAGCUUGGAGCUAAGGAAGUGGAAGCCAGAGCUGAGGCAGCUCUGUCGGCUGCACGUGCAGCUGAGGAAAAACUCUCCGAGGUCAUUAAAGAGAAUGGCAUCUGCAGUCGUAAACUGCAGCAGGCUACAGCGUUAGCUCAACGUUUACAAAAAGAUCUAGAAGAGGAACGAGCUCUAAAUAAAAGUUUACUUCUCAAUGAAAAAACUUGGCGUGAAAGAACAGAACAAGCAGAAUCAGAGGCAAAAACAGCUCGCGAGGAAUGUCGUGAAUUGUUGUUGAAUUUAGAACUACGUGACAAACUAACCGAAUUGGGCACUACUGAAGAGUUGACAAAAGAUGAAAUUGAAAAUUGUGAAAUUUCAAUACAACCAGGCAAUUCACAAAAAUCACGAAGAAGACGAGGAAAACGCUAA